AUGCUUCGCUUAUGGCCUGAUGAUAAUCAAAUUCUACAAAUCUUAAAUAAUUCUUAUCAACUUGCUCGUGAAUUAGCAGAAUUUCUUCAAAUGCUUCAACCAGUAGAAUUGCCUAUUGUAAUUAAUGAGCCAAAAGUACAUGAAAUAAAAAGUGAAACAUCUGAAGGUGACGAAUCAGAUAUUCCAGCUGUGUUAAACGAAGUAUCUGUAAUUAUGAAACAUGGUUCUGCAGAAAUAUUUGAUAGUGAUUAUUCCGAUCUAAUAUUUAAUGAGGGACAGUUCCAACUUAAAAGAAUUAAUGAAAAACCAAAUAACUUAUCAAUUAUCAAUGGUGGAGAUAGUGGUUUAAAUUCAUCAAAUUCUAUUAUGCCAAAUAAAGCCAGAUUUAAUAUUAAUAAUUCUAUAGUUCCAGAUAUAGAGAAUGCUAAUGUUUCAAGAGAUGUACCAUUAAUUAAAGGAAACUAUGUAUUUGUUAAAUAUAGAAAUCAAAUGUGUAUUGGCCAGAUUAUAGCUAUUUAUUAUGAAGCUUAUUCAAAUCAUUGUUUUGCCAAUGAACCAAUAACAACGUUAGAUGAUAUUUCAUAUAUUUCAUUACAUGUUUACAUCCCUAUUCAUCUUGAUCUUUUUAGUGAUAUAGUUCAAGAGGGUUGUUAUAUUUUAACGCAUCAUUUAGCAUUUAAUAUUUUUUAUCAUAUUUUACCGUCUGGCAUUUUAAUUGAAGGGAAUAUCUUAAAAUUAUUGGGUUCUUCGGCUUUCUUGGUUCUGCGGUCAAGGUUCUCCGGCUCUUUUCGGUUCUGUGGUCAUUGGUUCUUCGGCUCUCUCGGGUUUGCGAUCAAAGGUUCUUUGGCUCUUUUCGGUUCUGCAGUUAAGGUUCUUCGACUCUUUUUUGGUUCAGUCAAGGUUCUUCGGCUCUCUCAGUUCUGCGGUCAAGGUUCUUCGGCUCUGAUGGGUAUUAUCAAGUACACACGAUGGUUGCAAUGAGAUAUUAAUCAAAAAUCGAUUAUAUGUUGUUUCCCUACUAAUAUAAUCUCAUUUCGACUUUCGGCCACAAAAUUUAUCGUAUGUCUUUUUUUUCAUUUUGCUUCUUGCAUUUUGUUUCCUACUAACUUUAUUUCGUUUUUUUAGGUCCUUUGGCUCUUUCGGUUUUGCA